AACAGUUAAACAGGUGCUAUGCGUCAUCCGCCAUAACGUUGAUCUAAAAAUUGUGAAAGUACGCUUUCUUACUACAAAUAAACUUUAUAUCACUGUGAAAUUGUUAGUAAAACGUGUGUUAUAUGUGUAAUUAAACAUGAGUGAGUGGUACAGAAUGAAGAAUGGAUUUAAUAACAAGCACAACUCUUCGGAGUUGUCGGUUGAAACUUCUUGUGAUAUGUCAGACACUUUUCAUUUAUUUUCCGACAAUCUGAGCCCCAUACCGGCUUCUAUAGUGCCUAGAAAGUUAGACUUUAGCACUUUAAAUGACGAUGAUGGCAUAAGGGAUGCUUCACCAGCGCCAGCGUCACUGAGCCCUCCGUACAAACGGGUCAGAGCCCUCAGAUUAUUUGACAGUCCGCAAAUACCUAAAAGCGUAUUAGAGAAAUGUUCAACCCCAACACACCAUCCGCCGAGAUCAAGACUCUUCCCGCCCAAAUUAAACGCUCCAUCUGGCAUGCCGUCGGGCUCGAGCCAUCACCUUCACCCUCCGUCAGCGGACGAGGACAGCGCGCUGGGCAGCCUGCCGCCCGACGACGCGGACGACUCCCGCCUCGCGCAGCACCGGCCCGUCGCCAACAUCAACCCCUUUACGCCGGACGGGCAAGCUCUUAACAAAAAGAAGCGUGCACUGUCCAAAACGCCUACGUGGGACGCGACGCCUGAACAGCCGGCAAAGAGGCUUAGGGAGUCGAACAUCUCCCGGUACAACGUGGAGUUCGUGGAGCAGUGCGUGGUGGGGCGCGGGCAGUUCGGGCGCGUGACCAAGUGCGUGAACAAGCUGGACGGCUGCGUGUACGCGCUCAAGCGGUCGCUGCGGCCCGUGGCCGGCUGCACGGCCGAGCACGCCGCGCUCAAGGAGGUCUACGCGCACGCCGCGCUCGGCAAGCACCCGCACGUCGUCAGAUAUUACUCAGCAUGGGCGGAGGACGACCACAUGAUAAUACAGAACGAGUACUGCGACGGAGGGUCACUACAACAGAAAAUGGAGAACGGCCCGUUAUCUGAGAGCGAAUUAUUAUUGCUGCUUGCACACAUCUCCGAUGGACUGGCGUACAUCCACUCGCAGCGGCUGGUGCACAUGGACGUGAAGCCGGGCAACAUCUUCGUGUGCAGCGGCGAGGGCGAGCGGCCCGCGGACUCGGACGACGGCUACGACGACGACGACCCGCCACAGCCGCACUACACCUACAAGAUAGGCGACCUGGGUCACGUGACAUUCGUGUCCUCCCCAUCGGUGGAGGAGGGCGACUGCCGCUACCUGCCCAAGGAGGUGCUACACGAGGACUUCACGGACCUCACGAAGGCGGACAUCUUCGCUUUUGGAUUAACAUUAUUCGAAGCAGGCGGCGGUGGCUCGCUGCCCAAGAACGGGCAGCUGUGGCACGACUACAGGGACGGGAAGCUGCCGGAGUUGCCCAACUUGUCCAGGGAGUUCAACCAGCUGCUCAGGGAAAUGGUCGACCCUGAUCCGGCGGCGCGGCCGUCAGCGGCGCGGCUGCGCAAGCACCCGCUGCUGAAGAACAAGAGCAAGGCGCAGCUGCGGCGGGAGCUCGCCGCCGCCAAGAUGCAGAACGAGGUGCUCGCCAAGAAGCUGCACAACGCCGCCAGUUGUAUAAAAUCAUUGACACCGAACUAUGUCGCGAACCAAGAGUCGGCCAAGUUCAGGACGCGCUCGGCCAAGCGGCUGCAGAAGCCGCGGACGGACGUGCAGCUCACGGAGCCGGUGCAGGUCGCGUCCACCAGACGGAUGGACAGGAAGUCGAGACAGACGAGUGUCAGAGAUCGUAGAAUCAAGAAUCUUUGAGGGCCAUUAAUAAUGAAGCAUUAUAUUCGUAAGAACGACGUAAAACGACGCCUCACCUGGACAAAGUAUAAAUAAUAUUCAUACAAAUAUUUCAAAAGACAACACCAUAACCAUGGGUGUUCACCACCAUCAAGUUGAUGUAAUGUAAUCGAUAUUACAUUAGCAUAUUUCUCAGUCAUGUAACAUUGUUAUAUGUUGUUGUAAUGAUGUAACACGAUGCCAAUGCUCACAGUAAAUACUCAGCCCAAGACACGAACCGUCUUUUAAUAAAAAAAAAAAACAUUGUUCUGUUACUUUUUAACAAAUGGAAAAAUAACGUAAAAGAAAAAGAAAAAAAAACACCUCAAUAACGAAUUUAGGUUUUUUGAUGUAUAAUUUUGUUUUAUAAAUAAGGGCCAAAUUGUUUGACCGUUUCUCUUGCAUGCUUGUGUCCCAAUAAGCAUGCUUAUGAGUGUGGCAAUGAAUGGUAAAUAUGCCAGUAUUAAAAAUAAUUGAUUGUGUUCCCAAAAUGAAUAAUAAUUCUGUAUUAAAAUUAUAAAAUUGUAAUAAAUAUAUAAUAAUGAUACACCUUCAAAUAGAAGUAUGCAUAAGUGAAUAAGUUGCAUUAUGUAUGUUUUUAUAAUAGCAUAUUGGUGUAAAGCACUAUUCACACGUUUCUGGGUUAGCAAUUUCUGUGCUCCAGGUUAUUGAUCUGAUUCAAUAUAUCUUCAGAGACAGAUAAAUCAUAAUUAUCAUUUCAGUUUUCCUCACAGUAUAUUCUGUAAUGUCUGUGAUGCUAAUCACGUGUAUAGGCGACGGUUACCACUUUCCAUCAGGGCCGUCAGCUUGUUUGCCAUUCUAAGUUGCAUAAAAAAAGGCCUUUAAUUGUUCAUUGCUGAACCUAUGUCUUCUUCAUACACCCCUAUAAGGAACAGUCCUGAACUACUUGCAUCCACGGAUUCCCCAGUCUUUUUUUAGAUUGUCACACCAUCUAGUGGUAGAACAGAGAAUUCAGUGUUUGUUUAACCCAUCACAUAUCAGGAUAUUCUUGUUUAAUGCAAAACAAACGCAUUCAUUUAUUAGAUUACAUAGAAUGGCCUUUCCCCUGACGUGUUCCUUUCGUCCGGUAACAUUGGAUUCUUUACACGUACCGUGAAAAAGUACUGCUCGCUCAGAAUAUGUCGUCUUAUUAAAAAAAAAAUACCCACAAAUGAUAAACUGACUAUUAAUUAAUAAAGCGGCAAAAGAACAAUAUGACGUACGAAAAACAUUAAAAAAAAAAAGAAUUUGAAUAUAAAAAAAGAUAUAAUAAAAGGUUUGUUUCAUGAAUUCCGUCUCAUUCACACCGCAACCCGGCAUACUAAAUCCAGAUGACUUGGCAGGCGUCUAGAUGUGCGUACCGCAAAACUGUAAUCCAAUUCAUACAAAAUAACGCAAGCCACCUUUCACCCCAUUCCUGACGAACACUUAUGAAGCCCGUACCCGGAAAUGUGUGAACAGCGCCUAAUUCUAAUUCGUCGACACAUAAGUUGAUCCAUCUGAGUAUUCGUUUGCAAAAAAAAAACGGUUAUUUUUUAAACAGUUUUUACCUUUUUUUUUAGAAAGUGUUACAAGAUAUCGUUCAAAUGGAGUCACUGAAUUUCGUAAUAUCUAUUUUUUUUGGUUCAACGAAUGACAUGUAUUUUUUUUUUUUGUUCUAUUCAAUGAAUGACAUUAGGGUUGACUAUCUCGCCCUGUGUGCGCUUUUGUAAUUUAUCUUAACACGACACGAUAUUGUAUGAUUCUACCGUUGCGAUAUAAUAGCAGAGCAAGAUGUAUGUGAAUUUUUUUGGUGACGUUUUUAUAGCGUACACACCAUGGUGUCGUGGUGGGAAUUUAAUUAUGAAAGCGCUCAUUUUGCACCAUGAUUUUGAUACGUCGUCCGCCGCUCGUGGGUUUGGACGUGAUUAGAUAUGUACUGUGUUCGUGGUCGAUGAAGCGACGUCAUCGCGACCUGUGACGUCACGCCGUAAUGACGUCACCUAGGGACGUAACUUGACUCGAAUGAUUAGGUACAAUCGAACUUGAGAUAUUUGGAUUUACAAUACAAUGAUAUUUUAAUAAUAAAUCUUUUUAUAUAAAGAAAUGGUAAAUUAGAAAUGUUUUCCUUAAAUUAGAUAUAGUUUUUAAAAUUGUAAUUGUUACAAAAUAUAAUUAUGUAUACAGUGAUAUAUUUCAAUAUAUAUAUAUAUAUAUAUAUAUAUAUAUAUAUAUAUAUAUAUAUUUCUGUAUGAUACCUACAUUAAUUUCGAACGGGUUUUUUUUAUUUAGAGUUUUCGCAUUGUACAAUUUAAUUUAUUCGUUAUUAUGCUAAUAUAUAGAUACCGUAACUGUAAUAUAUAUAUUUUGGUAUAUAUUAAACAAUUUUAAUGGUGGCAACACUAUAAAUUUAUUAUUAAAAUAUCAUUGCCAUAUGUAUUGUUGACGUUCAAAGACAAAAUACCAGUAAUACAACCUAAAUAUAUGUCGCAAGUGCCUUGACUGUAAUAUUAGAAGUGAAACUAUGUGAUCUGUUGUGCUUUUUCGAAUUUACUUGUAAAAUAAAAACUCUAGUGUAGCGUUAUAUUGUAAUUUUUAUUAUUAAUUAUAGUAGAAACUGUCCUAUAAAAUCUUCCAUUUCUCUCGAUGUGAUAUUUGCUCGGUUUAGUUAUAAUAUUCUAUGUGUGCGUGACAGUUGCUUAUAUAAAUGCAAUAAUAGUUUAUGUACUGAUACUGCUUAGUAGUUUGUAUUCACACAAAUUCAUUAUUUUAUAUUGUUAAACAUUUUUUUUUUAAAAAAGCAACAGCUGAUUUUCUUGCCCUGUUCUUGUCGGAUGAAUUUGCGUUCCAAAUGGGCGGUAAUGAAAGAAUUGAAUAUUGAAAAAUGCUUAAAUCUAAGUUUAUUUGAAUAAAAAUAUGUCGUAUCUUUCUUUCUUUCAUACUUAGUAUCAGUCACGCCUGUCGCCCAUUGGUGUAGGCAGAAACUAGGGUAGUUAUAACACAUUGUCGAAUAUUGGUGGUUCGAUCUUCCCUUGACCGUGGACAUCUCGAAUAUAGAAUAUAACACGAUAAAAAUCAUUUAAAUUGUAGUAAACUGCGAAAAUUUUGAAUAGUCCGUUGUUUAUGUAUAUACCGCCCAAUUGGGAUGCAAUUUCAGUCGAGAUAUAAUAAUUAUUUGUACCAAACAUUCCAAUUAAAUGAAUCGAUAAUCCAUAGAUAUAUUUGUCAGCUGGCGUAAAUAAAAAAAAAAAUAGAUUAAUUCAAAAAUAAAUAGAUUAAUUUAUAGACUUUUUGUUACAAUUAAUAAGUUAAAGAUGAUAUUUCUUGCGCCUUUUUAAGCAAUUGUCAUGCAUAUAAAUUAUAUUUAGGCAGCUUUUAUAUAUAGGUAAUAAUUUAAAAUUACUGUUGUAAGGUCAAGCGUGAUCCUUGUCUUAUCGCUUCGAAAUACUUGUUAGAUAUGUUUAUAGGAUAUUUCAUAAAGGUACGUUUAAUUCAAUUAAUUAGAUGAUAAAAAACAUAAAAUUUUGAGUGUAAAGACAAACUGGCCUUAGCUUCUCAUAUUACCUGUAAGCUUUCACCUACAAUAAGUUUAAGUCAAUUAUAUCAUUUAUUUAGUUUAUGAUAAAAUGGUAUUUUACUAAAAUUAUUAAUUAAAUAAUUAAGAGGUUAGUUUAUAAAAUAGGCGCCUCAGAAUCAAUCCCAGUGAUAAAAAUACUUCAAAAGUGACUUAAUUUCAUUUAUUCCCCCUGAAUAUACAUAUAAACAUUUACUUUUAAACAUUCUGCAUUCGACAGUGUAACUUUACAAAACAAAUUAACCAGUGAUUAAAUUUUAGUAACACGCAACUGCGAUGUGGUCAUCCUAACAUUAUCCACUUUUUUUGAAUUCAUAUUUGACUAAUUCCAAAUUCAUUUUCACUAUUUUCAUACUUUAAAAAAAUAAGAAGCCGUCGUCUACAACGAAGUCUACCUACACAAAAUAUUCUGCAGAGGGCGCUACCGUGGAAGGGUCGUCGUGCCCUUGUUUUUGGCAUACCGCUUCUGAAAUAUCAAUAAAAAUAAAAAUAUAUAUUCUAUCAUAAUUCUGUGCAUUUAUUUUAAUCAAUGUAAUUUUUUUUUUUUAUAUAUAUAAAAGCAAUGUUGACUUUUAUAUGUAAUUCAAAUUAAUAUAAAUUUAUUUUAUUAUUACAAUCGGCUACUAGGCAUUUUUAAUAUCGUUAUAAUGCUCGGAUCACACUUGGCUUUCUUUUAUAUUUAGUAAUAAAUAUAUCUAAUAUUUAUAAUAAUAAAAAUAAGUGUAAAAAUUGAAUAUUAUUAGUUGUUAAGUGAAAUGGAAUAGUGAGCGAUUGUGUGUCUGUAGCAUCAAUGUCAACAACAAACUUGAACGUUUGAAUGUUGCAACAACAAAAUGUAACAACAAUUGAACGUUCAAACAACAUUUCGUUUGUCAUUACUAAUUUGUAAUUGUAAUAAGAUGAGAUUAAUUGUUGAUAUUUAUGUUACGGGUGUAAUUGUUUUUUUUUUUUUUUUAAUUUUGUCGUUUUUCAUUAUAAUCACUUUAUUUUAAGACAUUAUUUCAAAAUCAUUCAAUGGACAUGUAAAAAAAAUCGGCAGAAUGUUCUGUGAAUAGUAAAGCUUACGUUAAUCCAUACGAAGACAGAACGAGAUAUUUUAUGAUUCAUAUUUACACUUUGAUCUACCUUCAUAUUUAGUUUAAUGUAAUUAUUAAAUACAUUUUAAAAUAAUGUCUUACAUGAAUUGCUUAUAAUGAAAUGCCACAAAAUUGACUCGAGAUCGUGAUAAUGUCACCCUUACGUCUCUUAAUAAUUAAAUAUAUGGUCAAUGUGGGAGACAACCCUAACUAUAUUGUAUGUAUGUAAAACUUGUUAGUAAAUAAGCCUUUUAUAAAUGUAUAUCAGUUAUUUGUAAUUAAUAUUUAUGUCACCCUGUGGAUAUCCCAGUGUGAAACUUGAAAAUUCGAAACAGUGUAAAAUAGUCUUUAAUGUAAUGUGAAUAGAAAAUAAUAUACUUUGACGGUGGAUGAUUUUGAUUAUAAAUAUAAUAAAAAACUAUUGGAUUUUUUUUUUUUUAUUAUAGUCUAUGAUUCGCGAUACAGAAUUGUCUCUGGACAAUUUUUUAUUUUUUUUAAAUGUGCUCACCUCAUACACGCUUCAGUUCACAGAUAAAAGUUUGUGUUUCAAAUCUAUGCAACCAUUUAAUCGGAUUUGUAAAUUUAACUUUAUUAAUUAGUCUAGAUAAUACUGUAGACAGUGAUGUUUUAUAAAUAGUAUGAUUAUUUUUUAAUGUUGGUAUUUCUAAAGGAUUGCAUAAAUUCAUUUUCCUGUUUCAUCAAUAUGAAGACAGUGUCGACUCUUUAACGCAGCGAUCACUUGUUCAGUAGGUUAUCUGUUAUUGUACGGGAAUCCACAGAGUACAUUACGUGCUAUAGUUUUUAUUAUUUAUCCAAUACGCUCACAUGGUGAGUGUACACAUUAACUCUAGUGUUACGAUCUCAUCGCGUUAUUAAUAAUUCUAUAUUGAACGGUUGAUUUUUAUUAUCAGUUUUGACCGCGGCGGGUUUCGGGCAAUGUCCGAACACAAUUGGCAAUGUGUGAAAUUGUUUUUGAUUAGUCAAUUCUGGUCAUUAGUUCGCUGUUUGUAUAUGAUUUGGAUUGUUUUAAAAACAUUAUUAUUUUUAUUGUUAAUACAUUGUAAUAACGUAUUUGCAUUUGUGUAUUUCUUUAUAUAUUACUGUAAUUAAGUGAUCAUAAUCGUCUUUUUAUUUUUGUAUUUAAUAUUUUUUUUUUGUGUAAUUGUAUAGCUUUCGAAAUUAUUAAUAACUUUUUUCUUUUAAUUUAAUGCCUGAUUCCCGUCAAAGAUGGCACAUGGAAAUGUAAUGCACGGUAUAGCAUGGUAUAUGGGCAUUAUGAAUAAUGCCCAAUUAAUGUAAGUAAUAUCCGGUGAAUGUUGAUACACCACGUUUGCUUGACCAAAGUUGGUAGAUGGAAGUUGUGAAUAGGAUGUUUGAAUAUUGCUUAUUAUAAUGAAUAUUGAAAUAAAUGCUUGUUUCCAUUA